AUGAAAGACAAGAAGUGUUCAGAUUUCGUGUUCAUGCCACUAAGGGACGGAGGAGUUCCCCGACUGAGGGAGGAAGGAGCUUGCUCAAAGGACAGAUUGGCUCCAGUUGCAGAACUGGAUAGCUCAAACCCAGGAUCGUCGACAGAAAUCAGAUCCAAGAUUGUUGUUGUUGGCUCCUGUGGGUGUGGAAAGACAGCGCUGAUCCACCGCUAUGUGAAAUAUUCCUUCCUUGAGACAUACACGCCGACAGGAUUCGAUACCUACAGCACCCAGUACUGUGUCUCGGAUACCUACAAAAUCAACAUGUCUGUCUGGGACACUUCCGGUGAUGCAGGAUACGACAGAGUCCGUCCGCUGUCUUACAAUGAGGCAGAUCUUGUGAUUAUAUGUUUUGCCAUUGACAAGCCGGAAACCAUGGAGGAGAUCGUCUCAAGGUGGUAUCCUGAAGUGAGGGAACAUUGUCCCACAAUGCCUGUGAUGCUGGUUGGGUGCAAGUCUGACAUGAGAGGCGAGAUCAAGGCCAUGCCAGCAGAUAUCUUGAAACCUGCAUUUGUCACAUAUGAUCAGGGACUGAAAACUGCCAAGCUUAUCAAUGCUUUGGUUUACUCAGAAACUUCAGCCAAGGGCUCACAGCGCAGCGUCAAUGAUGUUAUGGAGGUUGCUGCCCUGUCAUCAGCUGGUUCCAAGAGUGGUUGCUCUUUAAAUUCCAGCAGCAGCAGUGGAACCACCACCACCACCAGCAGUGGUAGCAGCGAAAGUGGUGCUAACAGCAGCAGUGGCAGCGACAGUCCAAACUUUGGGAGAGACAUAUCAUUUGUCAAGCGGAAAAGGUUCAGCGGAAUGACAGAAGCUAAAGUGCAUCUAAGAAAGGAAGCAGCAAAGAGCUGCAUUGUUAUGUAA